AAGGGGGUUUCUGGGGAGAAGUGAGGGGUGAUGGUGAUGGAAGCUUGGGAAAGGAACAGGACUCUGGGUCCCAGAAUAACUCAUGAGGGAUUCGGGGGAGGAGGUCCUCUAUGUGAAUUGGGGAGAUUCUUGGAGAUAAGAGAUUUGUGCUGGGACCCUGGAGAGUGGCAUGAGCAAGGUCCUCUAAUAAGCAGCGUGUUUCACUGAGUGGAGCGAGCUUCGAUCCCGUCUCCUGGUCCUGCUCAACUUUGGCUGUCCUCAAUGUUGGAGGGGGAAGGGGCCCGAGAGAAGCAGGGCAGAUGUACCCAAACAUUCCCUGCUGGUUUGGAGGGGACUUUGAGGGAGAAAGGCUGGUACAGUGACUGGGAGCUCAGACUUUGGAGUCAGACGAGGGUUGGAGUCUUGAUUCUACCGCCGCCUAACUGUGUGACCAUAGUUACUUAAUCUCUUUGAACCUCAGUUUGCUUAUCUGUAAAAUGAGGUUAAGAAUAGUCCUGAGCCGGGAGCAGUAGCAUGUGCCUAUAAUCUCAGGUACUCAGGAAGCUGAAAGUUGAUUGCCUGAGCCCAGUAGUUUGAGGCGAUAGUGUCCUAUUAUUGCACCUGUGAAUAGCACUGAGUUCCAGCCUGAGCAACAUAAAGAGACCCUAUCUCAAAAAAAAAAAAAAAAGACUAGUCUUGACCUCAGAGGGAUAUAAUGAGGAAAGCACAUAAAGCCUUAUAAUAGGCUGGGCGCAGUGGCUCACUCCAAUAAUCCCCGCACUUUGGGAGGCCCAGGUGGGAGGAUCCCUUGAGCCUAGGAGUUCCUAGACUAGCCUGGGCAACAUAGGGAGAACCUGUCUCUAAAAAACAUAAUAGUAAUAUAAUAAAGCCUUAGUACAGGCUAAUAUAUGGCAAGUAAAUAUUAGCUGAUAUUGUUGGUAUUGAUAAAAGGGAGGAUCAGGUGGAGAAGGGAGCUGAGGCCAGAAAGGAGGCCAGUUCUAGAAGAGUAUAACCUGAGUCCUUCCUGCAGGACAGUGCCUUGGUAAUGACCAGGGCUCCAGGAAGAGAUGUCCGUGUGGCUGGGGGCCCCUGUGCCUGACAUUCCUCCUGACUCUGCAGCGGAGCUGUGGAAGCCAGGUGCACAGGAUGCAAGCAGCCAGACCCAGGGAGGCAACAGCCGCAUCCUCAGAGAGGAAGCCAGGAUGCCCCACUCUGCCACAGGCACUGCAGGGGUGGGGCUGGAGGCUGCAGAGCCCACAGUCCUGCUCACCAGGGCAGAGCCCCCUUCAGAACCCACAGAGAUCCGUCCACAAAAGCGGAAAAAGGGGCCAGCCCCCAAAAUGCUGGGGAAUGAGCUAUGCAGCGUUUGUGGGGACAAGGCCUCCGGCUUCCACUACAAUGUUCUGAGCUGCGAGGGUUGCAAGGGAUUCUUCCGCCGCAGUGUCAUCAAGGGAGCGCGCUACGUCUGCCACAGUGGCGGCCACUGCCCCAUGGACACCUACAUGCGUCGCAAGUGCCAGGAGUGUCGGCUUCGCAAGUGCCGCCAGGCUGGCAUGCGGGAGGAGUGUGUCCUGUCAGAAGAACAGAUCCGUCUGAAGAAACUGAAGCGGCAAGAGGAGGAACAGGCUCAUGCCAUAUCCCUGCCCCCCAGGGCUUCCUCACCCCCUCAAAUCCUGCCCCAGCUCAGCCCGGAGCAAUUGGGCAUGAUCGAGAAGCUGGUCGCUGCCCAGCAACAGUGUAACCGGCGCUCCUUUUCUGACCGGCUUCGAGUCACGCCUUGGCCCAUGGCACCAGAUCCCCAUAGCCGGGAGGCCCGUCAGCAGCGCUUUGCCCACUUCACUGAGCUGGCCAUCGUCUCUGUGCAGGAGAUAGUUGACUUUGCUAAACAGCUACCCGGCUUCCUGCAGCUCAGCCGGGAGGACCAGAUUGCCCUGCUGAAGACCUCUGCGAUCGAGGUGAUGCUUCUGGAGACAUCUCGGAGGUACAACCCUGGGAGUGAGAGUAUCACCUUCCUCAAGGAUUUCAGUUAUAACCGGGAAGACUUUGCCAAAGCAGGGCUGCAAGUGGAAUUCAUCAACCCCAUCUUCGAGUUCUCCAGGGCCAUGAAUGAGCUGCAACUUAAUGAUGCUGAGUUUGCUUUGCUCAUUGCCAUCAGCAUCUUCUCUGCAGACCGGCCCAAUGUGCAGGACCAGCUCCAGGUAGAGAGGCUGCAGCACACAUAUGUGGAAGCCCUGCAUGCCUACGUCUCCAUCCACCAUCCCCAUGACCGACUGAUGUUCCCACGGAUGCUAAUGAAACUGGUGAGCCUCCGGACCCUGAGCAGCGUCCACUCAGAGCAAGUGUUUGCACUGCGUCUGCAGGACAAAAAGCUCCCACCGCUGCUCUCUGAGAUCUGGGAUGUGCACGAAUGACUGUUCUUUUCUCAUAUUUUGUUUUCUGGGCCGGAUGGCUGAGGCCUGGUGGCUGCCUCCUAGAAGUGGAACAGACUGAGAAGGGCAAACAUUCCUAGGAGCUGGGCAAGGAGAUCCACCCGUGGCAUUAAAAGAGAGUCAAAGAGUUGGGAGUUUUGUGGCUACUGAGCAGUGGGGCGCCCGCUAACGCUGUGCUGUAUCUGAAGACCACACUGAUCCCACAAACGGAUGGGCCUGGGGGCCACUUUGCACAAGGUUCUCCAGCGCCCUGCCCAUCCUGCCUCCACCACUUCCUGUUUUUCCCACAGGGCCCCAAGAAAAAUUCUCCACUGUCA